AUGGAGGACGUGGUUGUUCUCAUCGUUGGUGCGGGGCCAGCAGGCCUAGCAACGGCGGCGUGCCUUGCACAGCGGCAUGUGCCAUACAUCAUUGUCGAGCGUGAGUCCAGCACCGCAUCGUUGUGGCGCCACCGUGCCUACGACCGCCUCAAGCUACACCUCGCCAAGGAGUUCUGCGAGCUGCCACACAUGGCGUAUCCGGCGGGCACGCCGACGUACGUUCCUAGGGAUAUGUUUGUGGAGUACCUAGAUAGCUAUGCUAACCAGUUUGGGAUACGGCCGAGGUACCACACUGCUGUUGAGUCAGCAAUACAUGAUAAAGGUAAGAACCAAUGGGUCGUGCUAGUACGAGACAUGGACACUAGUGUUGUGGCAAGGCUUGCUACACAGUUCCUUGUUGUGGCCGCUGGCGAGAACAGUGCGGCAAACAUUCCACCAAUUCCUGGCCUCAGUAGGUUCGAGGGAGAAGCCAUUCACUCGUCAGCUUACAAGUCCGGGAGAGCCUAUACCGGGAAGAGUGUGCUUGUGGUAGGUGCCGGGAAUUCUGGCAUGGAGAUCGCUUAUGACCUUGCCACGCAUGGAGCCCACACCUCCAUAGUUGUUCGUAGCCCGGUACACAUAAUGACCAAAGAACUAAUAUGGUAUGGGAUGACAAUGGUGCAAAAUUUAGGGCUAAAUGUGACAGCAGUGGACUCUCUUCUUGUAAUGGCGGCAAAUUUCUAUUUCGGAGACUUGUCAAAACAUGGUAUUAUGAGGCCUAAAAUGGGUCCUCUCUUACUCAAGUCACAAACAGGCCGGUCUGCCGUUAUUGAUGUUGGCACUGCAAGAUUAAUCAAAGGAGGAGUUAUCAAAGUGUUCCAAGGAAUAUCAAAGAUAAAUACAAACAGUGUUGAAUUUCAUGGUGGGAGGCAAAAUUCAUUUGACGCCAUUGUAUUUGCGACAGGUUACAAAAGCACAGUUAAUGCAUGGCUAAAGAAUGGUGAAAGCAUGUUUAAAGACGAUGGUUUCCCUAAAAAUUAUUUUCCAAAUCAUUGGAGAGGUGAAAAUGGGUUGUAUUGUGCUGGGUUUGCUAGGAGAGGAUUGGCCGGUAUUGCCAUGGAUGCGAAAAAUAUUGCAAAUGACAUCGUGGCCGCCAUGGAUAAAAUGUCAUGUUAAAUUUGGUUCCCUUCUAUUCUGAAGAAAGGUUAUAUUAA